UAUGAACAUAUAUAAAUGGGAAAUGCUACAGACCCUAUUCACGAAUCGGGGAUUCCAACAUACGUGUUUUUCGCCUUUGGAUUUGUGGGCAAUGGGCUAGCUCUUGUUGUUAUUUGUUGCAACCGGGAACAUCAUCAAUGGCGAUCCUUCUACAUUUUCUUCGUAGGUCUAGCAAUGUCUGACUUUCUGAAUCAGGUGAUAGUAUUCCCAUUCGAAGUCUUACGGUAUGGAUCUAAUUUCAAUUACACUAUUCCCCCACAUCUUUGCAAAGUUGAGUCAUUUAUCUACUCUUUCACCCAAAUUUCCUCAGGCAUGAUCAUUUCCGGUAUAGGCACGGACCGAUACAUUUUUUUAAGUAACCAUGGACAACCACACGACACGAUGCUGUGGAAUCGCCGAAAAUAUCUUGUUUGUCUGCUGGUGAUAUGGAUUUUUUCGGCCCUUGUGUCAUCACUUCAUUUGUUUGUAGGGAAAAGCUCGAUCUUUUAUCCCGGGUCCUGGUGCUUUAUUGACGUGAUGGACAAGGGUAUUGGAUCUGUAUUUAGUGCCACAGUGUACGCUUUAACAGGGAUUGUGGUCCUUGUGUAUACUGUGUACAUUUAUAUCUGCGUCAUGUGCAUGUCGUGUAGAGACCCUGAACAACGCGGUAGACUUCUGGACGCAGACCGUGUAACUGGCUUUUACGACGUUCAUGUCAAUGUGUUCUUGGCAAUUUCAGUGACGCUUUAUGUCGUCUGUUGGGGACCAUUUUUGAUGGACAUAUUUUUACGAGGGAUCAAAGUAAUACCUGGUUGUCCAGGUAAACUUGAACUUUGGCUUGUUCGACUGAUAGACCUGAAGUCCAAUGUGAACCCCUGGCUUUAUGUAUUACUACGCAAGGAGUAUAUAAGAAGGAUCUUUGUUCGAUUUCAGUCAUGCCAUGAGGGGAAUAUUCAAACAGCGCCCCCUGAUGGAGAAAGCAAGAGGCUCCUACAGGAGAGUCAAAUAACUUUCUCAAAUCCUUCAAGUCAGUGUUCUAACUAUAUGCAAAACUGACUGAUCUUUACUAACUAUUUUCAUUAUUUAUUAUUUUUUAAUUUUUUUAAGCAAGAUUAUUAAGAAAUCAUCAGAUGAGGUAUCAGGGUUGAAAAUCCCACUGAUUCCUCUUAUAAAAUUGUGCUCAAGCAUUAUAUUAUUAGUACUUCCCAGAAAAGCCUAAUCUAAAUAAAAUUAUUUGAAAUGCAAA